GGAAGAUUCCCAUAGACUUCACAAAAAAUCCUUCACUCGGACGCACCUUUCGCAUCGAUCCUUCCCCAGAACUCUUCCCAUCCGGCACAUAAACGUCACCACCUAUUGAGUGUACCUCCAAGUCAAGAAAACCUUCCCUCUAUUUCCUACCUUCGACGCCAAAGAAAUUUGGUGAUCCUCUUCUUCUUCAUACACAAGUCCCGCCCGAAACCCAGACCACAGCCAUGUCGUCCUACCACUCCUCUGGCCCUAGCAGUUCCCAGGACCUUGGCCAGAAGCUUGGCCAGAACAUGGCCGAGAAGUAUCGCUGCAAGAUUGGCGGCGAGUGGAAGCCGAUGUCCGGCUUCUCCAAGAAGCAGCAAAAGCUUGUCCACGACAAGCUUGAUCGCCACGCCAGAGUCAACCGUGCCAACACUGGCAUGGUCUGCAGAAUCCACUCGGGUGAACCCGUCAAUGAGAUUUCUUGCGAAGGCCCUUGUGAUGAGAUAAAGACCCUGGAUCAGUUCUCCAAGAACAACAGAACUAAUGGCGUCAACAUCUGCAAGUCGUGCCAGCACUGGAUCAAUACUCAAGAGCCUGGCUACACGCCCUGGGCCGGUCCCAACACUCAGCAGGACCUCCUCGAGGACUCAGAUGAAUACGAUGCUCGCCUCCUCACCGAUCCUUCUGAGAUCUUUGACUUCAACAGUGAGGUCGAUACGCCCCUGGCUCCCAUCACUGGUACCAACGGUAUCGCCACCACGGAUGAGAAUGAUCUCCAGACGGGCUUUCAGUCUCUCGGCCUUGAGACUCGCCAGUCUUACGCUGGCGGCCCGCUCGGCGGCCUUGCGGCUCGUAACUACCUCAAUGGUGGGCGCAACGCCCCUGUCUCCCUCCUGGAUAGUGAGAGCAUUGCCUCUGCUGCUACCUCGGCCAUCCUUGGUACCACCGACACAGCUGCUGCGCGCAUCAACAACCCUUUCUUGGACAUCAACUACAAUGCCUACGACCCGAAUGGUCAAAAGCACCUCAAGACAAAGGCGCCCACUACGCAGGCUGGCAGCUCUUCCAGGCCGAGCUCCAUGAAGGCCACUUCCAGCCGCACCCAGGCCAACGAGGGAGGUCGCCCCGAGAGCGGACCCAAAGCUACCGUCUUCGCUACUUCCAGCGUUGCUCCCAGCGGCCCCUGGCCCGGUAAUCGUCAGGGCGACAGAAAGCAGCUCACCAACAAGGAGCACCGCGAGCUCCAGAAAGGCAAGCCCUCCAGAGUGUUCAACCCUAUUCCCUACGGCGACGAUGAUGAAUACAGUGACGACGAGUAGGGGCCUUGGUGACAGACAAGUAUGAGGAUGCUCAAGGGAAAGACGGGGGUUCGGGAUGGUUAGGGUCAUAGGACGGCAGUUACGG